CGCACUCCUACUCAGUCUUACUACUGCUGCCAAGCCCGGCAACCAAGCGGACCAGGACCAUGGCUGUACCCCGUGCCUUUUUCCUGUGCUUGGCUCUGUGCUUUUCUCCUGCCUUUUCUGCAAGUUAUAAUGACCCCUGCAUGGCCUUGGAUACAGCCCUCACCUCUGACAACCCGGGAAUCAGCACUAAGGCUGGGGUCUCCGGCGGGAACAGAACUUACACAGUGUCCGUUCCUGUGAACAGUUCCGUCAGUGCCGUGAUUCUGAGAGCAGUGAACCAGAACAACCACACGGUGGGCUCCUGGGCUGGACCAGAUCAGCAGUGCAACACCAGUGUCCUCUAUCGAGUGACAUCCUCAGACAACUCCAACUUCCAGGCAACCUGGAUAGCUCCUGAUUCUGAGGAUGUGACCAAAAUCAACCUGCAAGUCUUCAUCGUCAUCGACAAUCACACAGCUGUGAAGUCAUCUGUGAGACUGGAACAGAUAACAACACCUGCACCCUUGACCCCUACCCCUGAGGCUUCUGGGACCAACCAGACCACAACCAUGACUACAGCCAAGAGCCAGACCACAGCCAAGACCAUAGCCAAGAGCCAGACCACAACCAUGACCACAGCCAAGACCACAGCCAGAAGCGGGACCAACCAGACCACAACCAUGACUACAGCCAAGAGCCAGACCACAGCCAAGACCACAGCCAAGAGCCAGACCACAACCAUGACCACAGCCAAGACCACAGCCAGAAGCCUGGCCGUCAAUGCCCUCGGCAGCCCCCUCGCAGGCGCCCUCCAUAUCCUCCUUGUUUUUCUCAUCAGCAAACUCCUCUUCUAGAGGAGACGGAGGAAGCCGAUCUUUGACCUACAGAACAUCCUCCCAAAGCUAACUCCAGGCCAGUGCUUAGCCGUGUGAAUGAAGUUUUUUUUUUAUGUCCUCAGUGUGCAGCUCCACCACCUCGGACCACAGACAUGUGACACGAACGAGUGCGUUUGAGCAACACAGACGUUUGCCAGGAUCUUUCAGGGCACACAUUCUGCUUUUUGUAAAUACUUAGGCCAGUCUAGUUGUAACCUGGAGUUCUGACUCUCAGUUUUACAUGCUGACAGUCAAUCUGAACUUCCGUUUAUUGCCAAAGGAUUCCCAUGAGCCUCCUGGGUUGGGGGAUGGGAGGGGGAUCCUUCUUUACUUUCAAGAUGAUUUCAGAUUUUUGGCCAAAUCUACUCAGGUUACAAAGAACUUCUGUGACUUGCAUGACUAAAGGGAAAAAGGAGAAAUGAGUGACAGUCUCGUGGCUCUUAGCAGAUCCCCUUUGUGCCCAGACCAGCAGGUUUUGAAGAGCAGAAGUAUAUGAAAACUAUGUCUGAGGAGCCAAUGACGGGACACAUGAUUUUUUUUUCCCUAAGUCAAAUAAACAAUAUGUUGAACAAGAAUAAUAAAUGUGUUAAAUUGAAAGAUAA